CACCACCAUAAUGGAGAAUCACGGGAGAGCCAUUAUAAACUCCAACGAGCAGCCACCGGAGUUCGAGUUCGGAUCAUUCACUCCAUCUUCUCCAUCACAAGACUCGUUCACGGAAAACUCUCCCGCCGAUCACCUCUUCUUCAACGGCCGUCUCUUGCCACACGUUUUUCCAGCACCAAGCAAUAACACCAAGUGGUCAAUCUCGCGUAUAACCAGUGAACACAUCUCCCGGAGCACUAGCACGAAUAGCCGGAGUAGUUUUGGUAGCAGUAGUAGUAGUAACAGCAGCUCAACUUCUUACUCUCCGAGAACGAGCAGCUUCAACGGUAACAACAACAACAGUACCAUAAACCACAGGUCGUUGGAUUUGAAACCUCCGACUAGUAUAUACGGAGAAACCGUAAACACGACGAAGAUGGUGAAAACGUCUCUAUACAGGUCGUAUUCAUCACAGCGGUGGCAGUAUCUAACUCCUGCGCCGGUGAAAAGAAGUGGAGGGAUAAGAGUUGGUGGCCGGAAGAAGAAAAAGGCGGCGAGGAUUAGGAAGAAGGCGGAAGAGAGAAGAGGGAGUAGGGUGAUGAAGUGGUGGAGAAGAAUUUUAAUGGCGGCGAUUUUUACCUGUAGAGAGUGCCAUGCAUUGGAGGGAGCCUGAGAAAAGACUUGUGAAAUUAAAACGUGUUUAUUGGAAGCAAAGUAUAUCGAAUGUUCAGGAAUAAAAUCUAUAUAUUUGGGUUGUGUAGCUAAUAUUUUGGUUUGAUAUCACUAAUUAUGAUGUAUAAACAAAACUACAAUCUAUCUUUUAGUUCUUUGUAAUUUAUAACUUACG